AUGGCCAGUCAAACUAUGAGCGAUCCGGUCCUUAGAAUGUCGAUGGGUGGUGGAUCCACAAGUGGAAAAACCUGCAAAAUUUCGAUGCUUUGGAACUGGUACACCAUUGACACGUGCUUCAUCUCGAGAUCCUGGAGAAACGACACACGAGGCAAGUUUGCAGGCUCCUGUAUCGGGUGCUUCCUGUUGGUUUUCGUUGCUCAAUGGUUGAACAGAGUUUCGAGACAGUUUGACUUGGAAUUGGCCAAGAGACGCAAAUUCAAAGUUUUGUGCAAGCAUUCGGGCGACAUGGCCGUUGAAGAUGGCUCUUCUUCAACCCUUUCUGACUCGGCCGCGCUCACUUUGCAGCAAUUGACCAGUGAGUCCGACUUUAUGACCACUAUGAAGGCGCUGGGUGCCACUUUGUCGCACACUUGGUACGUUUCCCAUAGAAUCAGCGACGAGUUCGGAGCUCUUGAGCCACUUGUGCGCUGUUCUACCUCUGUUAACGUUUACCCAACGGUACUAGACCACAUUUUGCGCGCAGGGAUUUUCACUCUUCAAUGGGGGUUGUCUUACAUCAUCAUGUUGCUGUUCAUGUACUACAAUGGGUACAUUAUCAUCAGUUGUUUGCUAGGAGCUUUGUUUGGCAGAUUGUUCUUCAACUUCGAGCCAUUGACUGCGUGCGGCGGUGCCACUACUUUGAGCUCUGUCGCUCACGACAAAGAAGAAAAUGACAGGAAAUGUUGCAUGUAA